CUUUCAUACUCGUUUGGUAUGCCCGAAACUUUACUUGGUCAACCGCCGAUAAAAAUAAAAAAAAUGCCUCGUUUUGUGGUCUCUUCUGUCCUCUUUCCAACUUUCACAAGUCUCACACUUCUAUCUCUCUGUUGCCCGUGUUUCCCAACACUUUCUGUAUUACCGGUCCCAAUAUUAUGUCUUCUGCCGCCGCUGCUAUGUUGGCUGCUCGCGCCGCCGCCGAGCACGCCCCAUCCUCUGCUACCACCCUCGACGACUUGGAGCUCCACUACUCCGAUGACGAACUCCACUAUGACGAAACUGCCCCUACCUCCGCUGCCUCCACCCCUGUGGGCAUCCGCGACGAAUCUGCCUUCCCAAGUUUGGGUAAUGGAAAUGCCGCCGCUCCAUCCCCAGCCAAGUGGGGCCCAGGGAUGAAGGUCUCCGCCGCUCCAGUCCAGUCCGUCAGUGCCAAGAAGACCACCUCUUCUGGCACUAUCCAGUCCAAGUUUGAAAUUCCGUUGAGCCAGUUGCAGCCAUACCAGCCACCGCAGCAUACCGACGUCCUCAAGGUUAUCCAGCAGCAGUGCCAAGUCUCUAUCGAGGUCAGCACCAUUAACAAGUUGCAGUUGAAAUCCUACUUGAUCAAGGGGUUGGCUGCCAAUGUCGAAAAGGCCAAGAAGCAGAUGGGCGCCAAGCUCAUCAAGCCUUCCAAGGUUGUGUUUUCUGUCCCAGCCAAAUGCAAGGGGGUUAUCAUCGGGCCUAAGGGUAAGACUUUGAAGGCUGUUGAAGCCGACUAUGGCGUCAGGAUCGACAUCUUGGAUGACAACGAGUCUUCCCCUGAAGCCGAACCUGUCUCCGAAGAUCCGUUCGCAGUCACCUCCGGGAUCGAAAUCUCCGGGUCUCCUUCCGCGUGCAAGGAUGCUCAGGCCAAGAUCCUCCGUAUUGUCGACGAGCACCUUUCCAAUGUCACCGUCAAGUUUGACGUCGCCGAGGCCGACCAGUUUUUGUUGCCGUUCUUGGAACAGCAGCAGAAGACCGAGACCACCAAGGGCGUCGAAGCCACCUUCGGCAAGACCGCCGUGUUCCUUUCCGGGGCCCACAGAUUGAUCAACGACCUCAAGGUCCAAAUCUCUGAGAAACUUGCGGCGUUGCGCUCCGACAUUCACACCACCACGAUCAAGUUGCCACAGGCGUUGCAGGGCUUUGCUGACUCGGAGGCGCUCUGGAAAGACUACCAGGUGGUUAUCGACGAGUCUAAGGCGACUGCCACCACCCUCACACUUGUGGGGCUCCAGUCGAACUUGGUCAAGUGCGAACGUGAAGCUUUGUCCCAGUUGCCUUUGUUGUACAAGGGUGUCGUGUUGGACAUUUCCAAGGCCCACGGCGGUGACUUACAGCACAACAACUUAGUUUUCCAGUACUUGAAGGAGCAGGGCUUCUUCAAGCAGUUGGUGGCCAGCACCGGCAUCAAGUUACACUACGACGAUGUCAUCGAGAACCCAACCGCCAUCAAGAUCACCUUUAUCUACAAGUCGGAUGAUGCGGACGCGGCCCAGGCUGUCUCUCAGGUCAGAUCCACCAUUAUUGCCAAGGUCAACGAGUUGACCGGCGACAAGGUCAAGCUCGUGGAGUCCAUCCAUCCGUUUGUCCUCACCGGCGCUGCUAACAAGAAGAUUACUGAGCACUUGGUCGCCAUCGAGGACGUCCAGCACUACAUCCACCAGCAACUGCUCUAUGUUGUGUACGCUCCUGUCAACGAGGAGGAAUUCGCGCCAACCGGGGCAGAGAUUUCCUCCAAAUUGGCCGCCGCCAUUUCUGCGCUUGCUCCGUUGGUUGAGCAGUCGCAAUUGGUCGAAUCUGUCACUGUCGAGGUUGCUCCUGCCACCCAAGACAACGCCUUGACUCCACAGGUCCAGCGCAUGUUGUUGUCUCUCGUCGAGCCAGCCUCCACCGAGUUGCAGUUGCACGUGCCGAAGCCAGGCAAGGUCACUCUUGUUGGUUACAAGAAGUCCACCAGCGUUGUUAGUGCGCAGUUGGAGAAGAUUGCCGGGGAAUACAAGGAAUCUGGCUUGGAGUACACCCACAAGCUCAAUUUCCCUAGCAACUUGUUGGGCAGAUUAGUCGGUAGCAAGGGCUCUUUCUUGAAGGACUUGGAGACCGACUUUGGGUGCCGCAUUCAGACCGGUGACUCCGGCAGCGACUCCGCUGAAAUUACCCUCGUUGGAUUGAAGUUUGCUACCCAGCAGUUGGCCACCAAGAUCCAGCAGUUGACCAAGAAGUGGGCCGACGAGAGUGUAAGCACCAUCCAGGCCAACUCCAAGUUCCACGGCCAGAUGAUUGGUGGCCACGGUGCCAACUUGCACAAGUUGGAGGAGAAAUAUGGUGUCAAGAUCAAGUUCCCAAGCGCCAACUCCGCCAGCUCGGAGAUUACUAUCAAGGGCCCUUCCAAGGGCGUUAACAAGGCUACCGAGGAAUUGUCUGAGUUGUUACUGUUCAUCAAGACCCACAGCUUCGAAAAGAGCCUCACGGUCAAGCAAGCCUACGUUUCCCGUAUCAUCGGUAAGGGUGGUGAGAAGUUAAGAGAUAUCAUGGCCGACACUGGUGUCGAGAUUGAUGUGCAGAGAGACGCCGGCAAGUCCGGUGAGGUUGAGUUGCAGAUCACCGGUUCCCAGCAGGGGAUCAAACAGGCAGAGCAGCAGAUCAAUGAGAUUGUGGGCACCUUGGAGAACUACAAGACCGUUGAGUUGGCUAUUGCCCCUGAAUUCUAUAAGUUGAUUAUUGGACAGCAGGGCUCCACCAUGAGAGCCAUCAUGGAGGCCGCUCCAGGCUACUACGACCUCUCCGCUCCAGAUGCUAGAAGAUUGUUGACCAUUCCAAAGGGCGAGGCGGCCGGGCCAGUUGUCGUCCAGGGUCCUUCUCAGACCGUGGACUACGUUGUAGUUGAGGUUAACAAGUUGGUGGACGAAAGAAAGAACGCCGUCACGGAGGAGUACCCGUUGCUUAAGAGCAAGCACAGAUUGUUGAUCGGUUUCCAGGGCUUCACCAGACGCGACCUUGAAAAGGAGUUUUCCUGUCAGGUGAAUAUCCCAAGAGUCGGCGAUAAGAAGGACAGUAUUACCUUGUCUGGCCAGCAAGAAAACUUGGACAAAUUGAAGGUCAAGAUCGCUGAGUUGACCAAAGAUGACUGGCAGUUCGAGUUGGAGGUGCCUCAGCACAUCCACGCCUUAAUUUCCGAUAAAGGUAAGCUUUUCAGCACCUUGAGAAGCGACUUCGGGGCCGAGGUCAGCCACGGUGAAAAGUCCAAGAGCGCCAAGAAGCAGGCGCUGUUGCCACCUGCUCCAGCUGACUUGGAGUUGAACCAGUUCCAGGUAGUUGAACGCGCUGCCGAAGACACCGAGUCUGUGUUGAUUCCAUACAGAAUCAAGUCCAAGUCCGCUGCCAACUCUGAAAAGGCCGCCAAGUACGUGGAAGCCCAGAUUGCUUUGUUGCAACAGGCUGACCACGACGCAUGGUUCAAGACCAGGCCGUCUGUUAUGAACAGAAUUGUUGGUGCUCGUGGUGAAACUGUCAACGGGAUCAGAGAAAAGUCCCUGUGUUUCAUCGUUGUUCCAAAGGCCACCGAUGCCGAUGCUGACGUUGUCUACUUGAGAGGCACCGUUGAGGGCUUGAAGGUUGCCGAGAAGGAGUUGAAGGCUGUUGUUGCUUAGGCGUCCAUAUAUACUUUAUCAUUUGCGAUGCCGCUCGUGUUUAUAUCAAACAGGUUGUUAUUUUAUUUCCGUGUGGACUGAGAGGACCCCAAGUGGCCCGAACAGUCACUAGGCUGUACACUCAACUAUGUAAUCUCAAGGCUAUAUCAUAAAUAACGUUUGUGGAGCGCAUCUGUUUGAAUGUUAGGCGAGCUAUUAUCUACCGGGUCCUUCUAAUUGACUUUCAGAGAUUAGCUCACUUGGUCCGUUGGGAGAUAUCAGGGGUCUGCACGACAUAUACUCCCCGGGGUUCAGCACACCAUCCCCGUGUUCUGGGCUACAUCUGACUCUAUUGCGGGUGUAAUUUCGAGGGGCGCUCACAGACGUACUCGUUUAAAAGACAUCCGUUUUGAGAUCUCGAU